CAUCAUCAUCAUCAUCAUCAACAUAUAAGCUACAGCAAGACAAACACCAAUCAACAAUUACCCCUGAAUUCCAUACACUUAUAACUCACAACUUCAAAUUAAACAAGAUGGAGAAAGCAAAGCAGGCCGUUUCUAGCUUCCUUUCCAACGAUGGAAAGCACAGAACCACUGUCGACGAAGAUGUUAAGCCCCACGUUACUCAGGAGCAUGUCAUGCCCCAUAAACAUGAACAAGUUACAACAGCCCUCGACAAGGAGGUUCACCAAGAGCACCAUCAUACAACUGUCCAGCCUAUUACCCACAAGGAGACUCUUCCCGAGCAGCACCACCACAACCUCGUUCCAGUAGAGCACAAGACUUUUCACCACGGCAAUGAGCAAGACACUCGAGCUACACUCGACCGAGAAGCUGCUAAAUAUAGAGACACCACUGAGACCCACAGUACCACUCACUCCACCGAGACUGCUCCUGUUCUCACCGGCGAAAGAAUUCAUCACCACGUCCAUGAGCAUGUGCAGCCUGUAAUUAAUAAAGAAACUGUGCAGCCACAUGUUGUUCACACAACAAUCCCUAUACAUGAAACUCACCACGCCGCCCCGGUACAUCACGGAACUUCUACUCUACCUACUAAGACUCUGGAAGAGUUUACUCAGGAGCGCGGUGGUCUCAAGGAGCGAGCAGCUCAGAAGCUUACUGAGUUCGAGGGAUGCCCUAAGCCAUACCGACGAGAGCUUCAGGGCGAACAACUGGAAGGUGACAAAUCGAUGCACCUUCACGGUCAUGGUGACAACUACGGUGAAAACCAGGCCUUCGCUGGUCGAGAGGGCCAGAUGGGACGCAACACUGAAGGUCUGGCCGCUGGUGCCGCAGCUGGCGCCGGGGCUGCUGCAGCUACUCGCAAGCACCGACACGGUAUUGGCCACAAGGAACGCCGUGGAUCUGCCUCUAGCAGCAGCUCUAUAAGCUCUAGUGACGAGGAGUCUCGCGGUUUGGGCAAGUCUUCCAAGACCAAGAACCGUGGCCUUGGUAGCUCAACUGGAACUGGCGUCGGAGCUGGAGCCGCAGCCGCCGCGGCUGGCGCCGCUCACUCUCAUCAUCAGAGCCGUGAAGGUGCUGCAGCUGCUCCAUCCAUGCUUGAAGGUAAUCGAGGCAUUGGCAGCAACACUGGUUUUCAGUCCGGUUCUGGUAUUCCCGGAACUGCUGGUGCUGGAUCCGGCGUAGAGUCUAUGGGCAGCACUGGUAACAUGAGCUCCUUUGGCUCUAGUAACCGUGGUAUUGGAAACCCUAACACUGCUGGUCUCAACAAGCCCCACACCAGCGAGUACGACCAGGUCAAGACUGGAGGUCUUCAUAACGACCCCUUGAACAGUCAACAUGCUCGUGGUGACUCUGGAGUUGGUAUGCAGACUGGCAAGAAGCCUUCCCUGAUCGACCGUCUCAACCCCAUGAAGGAUGCUGACGGUGAUGGUAAGAAGGGACUCUUGGACUAAAGUCUUUGCUGAAUGUUAGGGUAAUGGUGAAAACCAAUUGUACAAUUAGUGAUACAUGAUUAGUUAUGCAUGACGUACGCAAGUUUAGCUUAGUUGUUCUGUAUUUACCAUGGUUUCACAAGCUC